UCUGGGAGGGGAAGAGUCCGGGAGGGAGGGGUAGGAGCUUGGCUCGGGUCCUCCCCUGUCCCCCCCCCGGACAGCCGGAGACUUGGGCCAGCCGGACGCCUCUCCUGGCAGACUCGCUGGGGCCGCGCUCCCGCACGCACAGCGCGCACUCCCCUUUUUCCUCCCUCGUGCCAUCUCCUACCUUCUCCCCUGACCCAGCGAGCGCUCCUUCUCUCUCUCUCUCUCUCUCUCUCUCUCUCUCUCUCUCUCUCUCUCUCUCUCUCUCUCACACACACACACACAACUAGCUCCCUCCGGCCCCCUCCGCUCGGGCUCCCCUUCUCGCGCCCACCUGCUCGCAGCGCCCUCCCCGCACCUCGCCGUCGCGGCUGUCCGGGUCCGCCCUCCCGCCCGCCCCGCACCGUGACCGUGACUUAGCCGCUGGAGGGGACGGAGCUCCGCGGGGCGAGCGCCCUCGCCCGCUCCACCGCACUCCCGCCGGGGCGCGCCCUGAGCGCGAGGGGACCGCGGAGGCCAUGGUGGGAGCCCCCGCCCGCCGCGGCGCCCGCUGAGGCCAUGCCGCGCCCCGGGUGCCCCGCCGGCGCCCGCUCGCGCCUGUGGCUGCUCCCGCCGCUGCUGCUCCUGUGGCUCCGGGGCAGCCACGCGGGCAACUUGACGGUGGCCGUGGUGCUGCCGCUCGCCAACACCUCGUACCCGUGGUCCUGGGCGCGCGUGGGCCCGGCCGUGGAGCUGGCCCUGGCGCGGGUGCAGGCGCGGCCCGACUGGCUGCCCGGCUGGACGGUGCGCACGGUGCUGGGCAGCAGCGAGGACGCGCGGGGCGUCUGCUCCGACACCGCCGCGCCCCUGGCCGCCGUGGACCUCAAGUGGGAGCACGCGCCCGCCGCGUUCCUGGGCCCCGGCUGCGUGUACGCCGCCGCCCCGGUGGGGCGCUUCACCGCGCACUGGCGGGUGCCGCUGCUCACGGCCGGCGCCCCGGCGCUGGGCUUCGGGGCCAAGGACGAGUACGCGCUGACCACGCGCGCCGGGCCCAGCCACGCCAAGCUGGGCGACUUCGUGGCGGCGCUGCACCGACGGCUGGGCUGGGAGCGCCGGGCGCUCGUGCUCUACGCCUACCGGCCGGGCGACGACCAGCCCUGCUUCUUCGUCGUGGAGGGGCUGUACCUGCGGGUCCGCGACCGUCUCAACAUCACGGUGGACCACCUGGAGUUCGCCGAGGGCGACCGCGACCACUACGCCAAGCUGCUGCGCACCGUGCAGCGCAAGGGCCGAGUCAUCUACAUCUGCAGCUCCCCGGAUGUCUUCAGAACCCUGAUGCUUCUGGCCCUGGAAGCUGGCCUCAGUGGGGAGGACUAUGCUUUCUUCCACCUGGAUCUCUUCGGGCAAAGCCUGCAAGGUGCACAGGGCCUUGGUUCCCGCAGGCCCUGGGAGCGCGGGGAUGGACAGGAUGUCAGUGCCCACCGGGCCUUUCAGGCUGCCAAAAUCAUUACGUACAAAGAGCCAGAUAACCCUGAGUACGCGGAAUUCCUGCAGCAGCUGAAGCACUUGGCUCAUGAGCAGUUCAACUUCACCCUGGAGGACGGCCUGGUGAACACCAUCCCCGCGUCCUUCCACGACGGGCUCCUGCUCUUCGUCCAGGCGGUGACAGAGACCCUGGCCCAUGGGGGAGCCGUCACCGACGGGGAGGGCAUCACCCAGCGGAUGUGGAACCGGAGCUUCCAAGGUGUGACAGGACACCUGAAAAUCGACAGCAAUGGAGACCGAGAGACUGACUUCUCCCUCUGGGAUAUGGAUCCUGAGACUAGUGCCUUUCGGGUCGUCCUGAACUUCAACGGGACUUCCCAGGAGCUGGUGGCUGUGGCAGGGCGCACACUGCACUGGCCCCUAGGAUACCCGCCUCCUGACAUCCCCAAGUGCGGCUUUGACAACGAGGACCCCGCCUGCAACCAAGCCCACUUUUCCACCCUGGAGGUGCUGGCACUGGUAGGCAGCCUCUCUCUGCUCAGCAUCCUGAUCGUCUCCAUCUUCAUAUACAGGAAGAUGCAGCUGGAGAAGGAACUGGCCUCAGAGCUGUGGCGGGUGCGUUGGGAGGACUUGCAGCCCAGCAGCCUGGAGAGGCACCUCCGGAGUGCGGGCAGCCGGCUGACCUUGAGUGGGAGAGGCUCCAAUUACGGCUCCCUCCUCACCACAGAGGGCCAGUUCCAGGUCUUUGCCAAGACGGUGUAUUAUAAGGGCAACCUCGUGGCUGUGAAAAGUGUGAACCGUAAACGCAUUGAGCUGACAAGAAAAGUCCUGUUUGAGCUGAAGCAUAUGCGGGAUAUACAGAAUGACCACCUGACCAGGUUUGUGGGUGCCUGCACCGAUCCCCCCAACAUCUGUAUCCUCACUGAGUACUGCCCCCGUGGAAGCUUGCAGGACAUUCUGGAAAAUGAGAGCAUCACCCUGGACUGGAUGUUCCGGUACUCUCUCACCAAUGACAUCGUCAAGGGCAUGCAGUUCCUGCACAGUGGGGCCAUCUGCUCCCACGGGAACCUCAAGUCAUCCAACUGUGUGGUAGACGGUCGAUUUGUGCUCAAGAUCACUGACUAUGGGCUCGAGAGCUUCAGGGACCCAGAGCCUGACCAAGGACACACCCUCUACGCCAAAAAGCUGUGGACAGCCCCCGAGCUCCUGCGAAUGGCCUCACCCCCCGUCCGGGGCUCCCAAGCCGGUGACAUCUACAGCUUUGGGAUCAUCCUUCAGGAGAUUGCCCUGAGAAGCGGCGUAUUCCACGUGGAAGGUUUGGACCUCAGCCCCAAAGAGGUCAUCGAGCGGGUGACUCGGGGUGAGCAGCCCCCGUUCCGGCCCUCCCUGGACCUGCAGAGUCACCUGGAGGAACUGGGGCACCUGAUGCAGAGGUGCUGGGCUGAAGACCCCCAGGAGCGGCCACCCUUCCAGCAGAUCCGCACGAUGCUGAGAAAGUUCAACAGAGAGAACAGCAGCAACAUCCUGGACAACCUGCUGUCCCGCAUGGAGCAGUACGCCAACAACCUGGAGGAGCUGGUGGAGGAGCGGACCCAGGCCUACCUGGAGGAGAAGCGGAAGGCCGAGGCCCUGCUCUACCAGAUCCUGCCUCACUCAGUGGCUGAGCAGCUGAAGCGCGGCGAGACCGUGGAGGCCGAAGCCUUUGACAGCGUGACUAUCUACUUCAGUGACAUUGUGGGUUUCACAGCCCUGUCCGCCGAGAGCACACCCAUGCAGGUGGUGACGCUGCUCAAUGACCUGUACACGUGCUUCGAUGCCGUCAUAGACAACUUCGAUGUGUACAAGGUGGAGACGAUCGGCGACGCCUACAUGGUGGUGUCGGGGCUCCCGGUGCGGAACGGGCGGCUGCACGCCUGCGAGGUGGCCCGCAUGGCCCUGGCGCUGCUGGACGCCGUGCGCUCCUUCCACAUCCGCCACCGGCCCCAGGAGCAGCUGCGCUUGCGCAUCGGCAUCCACACUGGACCCGUGUGUGCUGGUGUGGUGGGGUUGAAGAUGCCCCGUUACUGUCUCUUUGGGGACACAGUCAACACGGCCUCAAGAAUGGAGUCUAACGGGGAAGCCCUGAAGAUCCACUUGUCCUCGGAGACCAAGGCUGUCCUGGAGGAGUUCGGUGGUUUCGAGCUGGAGCUCCGAGGGGAUGUAGAAAUGAAGGGCAAAGGCAAAGUUCGGACCUACUGGCUGCUGGGGGAGCGGGGGAACAGCACCCGAGGCUGACUCGCCUUCCCUCCUGGCCUCCCACACCUCCCUUCCUGCGCCAGAGGUGACAGCGAGGGUCCAGGCCUCACCCUCACCCACCGCAGCCCCACUGUUGCCAGAGGAUCAAGAGAAGGGGUUUGAACAACUCAGGUGUGCUCACUGCAGUGGAGACCCCACAUACCACCUCUGAAAGAGGACCUGUGUCGGGGGAGAGAACCCGGAGCUCACAGAACCAGAACAAAGCCCACCGCCACGCCCAGAGGGACCCACACCCCUUAUCCACCCCGGGCCAAGCUGGGGUGUGGGUUCCUGGAUCCUCCUGCCCCUCCUGUGCCCGCCUCCCUCCACCUGGCUACACUGUGACUUCUAUGGGGAAGGGAAGAGCCAUCUUAAGGGGAAUAGCAAAAGGUUUUAGAGGUGAAUCUGGGGGGGGAGCCCACAACUGCCACAAACACCCCCUAUCUCCCACCACCCACCACUGGAUACAGUGUGCAGGGGAGAGGCAAGGUAUGGCGGGUCUGACCAUUAAAAUCAAUCGUUAUCCUAGUGACAGUGUCUCUUCUUGAGGGAGAGGGUUGCCGGAAAACACAGCCAUGUUCUCCACCCUCUGUCAGAUGAGACCUGCUUCUCAAGCUGGGAACAGCCGACGCAUUGCCCAGGCAGCGCAUGCAUCACUCUUGAUCCCAGGAACCAUUUCCACCCUAAGAGUUCUUGAGCUUUUGUUUCUGUGGGCUUAUCUACUGAUAUCUACUGUACAAUAAAUGAAAACAAGCCCUGUUAACUCAUUUAAAAUAACUAUAAUAAACCCAUCACAUGUUAGUAACUUU